UAUCAUCGCUGGAUACCGAGAUCUAUCUCAGUGGGCUAUUUCUACAAGGGUGAUCUGGAUUAUUGGCUCGCGUUGUCUGAAGACAUAAGGAGACACAACACCACAACAGUGUCCGCCAUGGCGUUGACAAACCGCGCCGCAUGGCUCCGCGAAGUAAACUCGCCGCUAGAGGUCGGACCCUCUGAGGUCGGCAAGCCGGGCCCCGAUGAAGUCCUCGUGAAGAACCGCGCAGUCGCCAUGAAUCCCGUCGACUGGAUGAUGCAGUACGGCGCCUUUCCGGCCGGGCCACUGCCCAGGAUCCUCGGCAACGACGUCGCCGGCGACGUCGUCGAGGUCGGCGAGGGGGUCAUGCGGUUCAAAAAGGGCCAGCGGGUGCUCGCGCACGCCAUCGGCCUGGCUACCAAUGAGCCCAAGCACGGCGGGUUCCAGGAGUACACCGUCGUCCCGACCGUGGGGUGCACCGUGAUCCCCGACGGGAUGAAGUAUGAAGAGGCGAGUGUCCUGCCGCUGGCCAUCUCGACCGCCAGCAUCGGCUUGUUCCACGAGGCUCGGCUGGGUCUCAGGUCUCCCGUGGACGCGACGGAGAAGGGCUCGCCUGGGAAUGAGGCGAUCCUCGUCUGGGGCGGCAGUUCCAGCGUCGGCGCCACCGCGAUCCAGUUGGCUGUGGCCGCCCAGUAUACAGUCAUAGCGACGGCUUCGCCGCGGAACUUUGACUUGUGCAAGAAGCUGGGCGCGAGCGAGGUCUUUGACCACUCGAGUCCGGGCAUCGUGGGGGACUUGACGGCCGCGUUGCAAAAGUAUACCUGUCGCGGCGCUUUUGAUGCUGUUGCGAAGAGGGAUACACAGUUGAACGUCGCACAGGUCCUAGCUCAGCUGGGGGGGGGCAAGAUGGCGUCGGUGCUGCCACCCGUCGAGGAACUUCCGGCCACCGUGCAAGCCAACGGCAUCUACGCCGUGUCGAUCCUCCUGCAAGACAAGGCGCUCGGGAAAGCAAUAUACGGAGAUUUCCUGCCGCGGGCGCUCGAGCAAGGUCUGAUCCAGCCGGCGCCGCCGUCGGAUGUUGUCGGCCACGGCGUCGAACAUAUCCAGAGGGCUGUUGAUAAGUUGCGAGCAGGGGUGUCGGGGUCGAAGGUGGUGGUGACUUUCUGAGUGCAGUUCGAUAGAGUUGCUGGAAUAGUCAAGCAGAAUACUGAAAAAUAGUGCUGUAGGGUAGAGUAAACCUUCCCUAAGGCAACCUGUUG